AUAAAACUCCCAGAUUCGUUUGAUGUAUCUGUCAUUAAAUGAUAACACAAACAAAGGAAAGAGAAAUCUCUGUUCACAUUUCUCUGAUUUUGUUUCCCCUUAUAAAUAAUACUCACCAAUAGCAAUCGUAAUCCUAUAACUUCAAAUCUUCAAAACUAAAAUCAUCUAAGAAAAUAUAUUAAUUAUUUGAAGAUGAAGAUUAUCCAAGCAUCUUUGUGUUUGAUCAGUCUUCUCCUAAUCUUGCCUUCGAUCUUCGCUGCUUCUUCUUCCUCUGAAGAUUUCGAUUUCUUCUACUUCGUCCAACAAUGGCCAGGAUCAUACUGUGACACACAGAAGAAAUGUUGUUAUCCAACCACUGGCAAACCAGCUGCUGAUUUUGGAAUUCAUGGUCUCUGGCCUAAUUACAAAGAUGGCACUUACCCAUCUAACUGUGACCAAACUAAACCAUUCGAUCAAUCAACGAUAUCGGAUCUGAUCAACUCGAUGAAGAAAAGCUGGCCGACAUUGGCUUGCCCGAGCGGCUCAGGCGAGACGUUUUGGGAGCACGAAUGGGAGAAACAUGGUACUUGCUCAGAAUCGGUUAUCGACCAACAUGAGUAUUUCCAAACCGCUCUUAACCUUAGGCAGAAAACCAACCUUCUUGGAGCUCUAACAAAAGCCGGGAUUAAUCCGGAUGGAAAAUCGUACAGUUUAGAGAGCAUAAGAGAUUCGAUCAAAGAAUCAACGGGUUUCACUCCUUGGAUUCAGUGCAACAGAGAUGAGUCUGGCAAUAGCCAGUUGUACCAAGUCUACCUCUGUGUUGACCGGUCUGCUUCCGGUUUAAUCGAAUGUCCGGUUUUCCCUCAUGGAAAAUGUGGAGACGAGAUCGAGUUCCCUUCUUUUUAAUUUCACAAAUCUAUUGAACCGAAUCGAUCUUUUGUUCACGGAGACCGGUUCCGUCAUAUUUAUAUAAUUUAUGGUGUAAUAAAAAAUUAUGAGGGGCUUGGAUCCUUUGAUUUCAAGUGUAUUCUAUGCUUAUCUAAUAGUAUUGAUUUAUU